AUGGAGUGGACUCUGCCCAACGUCUUGUGCUCCAUCAUGUGCUUUACCUUCUUCACUACAAUUUACACCAGCUCCUUGCUGCUGAUGGCAAUCAGUGUGGUUCGCUACAUAGCUGUUGCCUAUCCUAUGACCUAUCAACAACAACUGAAAAACAUUUUGUACCCAAUCACUAAGAGGAAGGCUAUUGGGAUGGCUUUGGGAACUCUUGCUGUGUUUCUCAUUUGUGUUCUCCCAUUCAAUUUAUCUCAUGUAGUGGGUUUCAUUCAGGGUCAAAGCCCUGAAUGGCAGUACUACACCUUGCUUCUCAGCACAUUAAACACCUGUAUUGAUCCCAUCAUAUUUUAUUUUUCCUCUUCAAUCUUCCAUUGCACAAGCAGCAAAUCUUUUUUCAGAAAGCAUUUUAUCAAAGAUGAAGCCUUCCUUUGA